GAGGGUUUCAGGGUUGAAAUCUUGAUAUUAAAUCACAGGUCACGUGAACAACAUUCAAUAAUUGAUCAUCACUAAAAUUAUUGCUUUGAGAAAAAUAACUGUAGCAAAGUGCAGGUUCCCAUAACGGUUAGAGUACCGGCCUGUUCUGACAAGGAUGGGUUUCCCGAGUACCUGGCGCUGGGCCUUGCUCUUCUGUGGUCUGGUUCUCAACCAACAAGUCAUCACAGCCUCGCAUCUGCACCAUGACCACGUGACUAUGACACGUGCCCUCAGGCGAUAUCAGGACAAAGAAGACUUAGGCGGUGAUCGGUUUGACGAUGGAGCCAUGCCCUCUUACCGCAAUUCAACCUCAGGGAUCUCAAGGCAUACGAAAGCGCAUAAACGGUUUUUCUUCUUGACACUGUUCAUCGUCAGUUUGAUUGUGACGGUGGUUGCUACGACUGUCGAGACGAUUUACGAUAUCGCCGGUUGCUGCGGCCUCGGAUUCAAGAGCCUCUGUAAUUUUGAAAAAGACUUUGACAAUAGGAAAAAGGCUGUUACUGCUCGUUCGAAAGCGCUGGACACGAAGAUCAAGGCGGGUUUGAAGACCAAGGAAGAAAUGGAAAAAGUGGGCAACUCACUGCAGGCUACAGGGAAACAUAUUGACCGAAUUAUUACUCUACAAAAUGAAAUCCUUGACGCUACUAACCCUAAACUUCGAGAGGCGCUCAAAAAAAAGAUUGAUAAGAUCAAGAAUGAGAAUGAUCUUGACGGAAUGGAGCUGGGGGUGAUUGAUCAGAAAUUAGCCCCGCUACAGCAAGCUCUAAAGCAGUCUAUGUCAUGGGGACUGGGCGUCGGGGUCCCUGUUGUGGAGAAAAUCACGACUUCUGCAUUGAAACAUGCGAAAAUCACUAAGAUCUACAAGUCGCUUAAGGUUCCCAAGGCGUCAAGCAUCUUCAAUGGCGGAAGUAAGGCUCAGAAAAUGCUGGGAUUUUCCGACGAUGCAGCGAAAACGUUUUUGAAAACCACAGCGAAAGCUCGCUUUGCGGCAACCGGAACGAAGGCAAUGAAGUUUAUGAAAUUGAUGAAGGGCGCGGGGGCCGUCAUGUCUAUUGUCAGCAUUGGUCUGGACUUGUACAGCCUGAUCAGUACUUUUGUGGAGUGUGGGAGAAAGCAGAGCCAAGCCAGAGACGCCAUGGCAAAGGUGGAAAAAGCAGAGAGUGACUUGACUUUAGAUGAGCAGAAAUUCGCACAGUUUGAAAUCGAGCUCAAGAAAUACGACAGGGAUAACCUUAUGCCACAAGUCAGGAAAACCGAGCUCCAGGACGCUCUUGACGGCGUCAAGUCCGUCUUCGAGUAUCUCGACAAAACCGUCAAACGCAACUGGAGCGUGCAGGAAUGCGUCGACAAAAUCGACAGUGUCAAGAACAUCCUCAAGACUUCAAAUGAUCACAGUGUCAUCUCAUCACAGCUGGACGACAUGAACUCGAACUGCUUGCAGAAACUGGAGUAUACACUCACAUGUAAACUAGACAAAGUCAAGAUCAUCAAACAUGUUGAAGACGGCUGCAUGGCGGGGUCCAAGACAUUCAGCGAGCUCUUCACGGAGGCAUCAAACAUGUUUAACGGGAAUUCAGCAGAAUGUAAAAAUAAACACGGCCAGCCCUACACCAGCAAAGACGAACUUAAAGGCAUGAUAGGAAAGUCAGCCCAGACCAAGAAAUACAACCCAGACUGUAAAAUGAAUGACAAAACUUUACAGCUUCUGAUUUGUGCGAAGAAGGGCAAAGGUGUCAGUUCAUUGGUCGAAGAGUUUAAAAUUUCUGCGAGUAAUGUCGAAGAGAUUCUAAAAGAGUGCAACAAUGACCUCUCAAGAAAGCAAAUGAUCGAGAUCUGCCAAUUUAGAUCUUACGAACUGAGUGAUGAAGAAAUUCCGCCUUUAGUGCAGGGAGUCACCUUGGCCCAGAUCAAGAAGGUCACAUGCCCACUCAACUAGAUUGACCACUUGAAAAGUCUAAAAUAAAGAUAUAAGCGAGCAUUUA